GGAAUGAUGUUACUUGUACGUGUGUUAUUUGAAGUUGUGGCAAUCCCUAAUGUUCUCAGUCAAUGGAAACAACCAGAGGUGGGAUGGUGGAGGACCUUUUUACUGGGACGGUCAAGGUUCCAAUGGUGGUGUCACAAAACCAUGCCCAAUGAUGCAAAUAUUGAUUUCGGACACCUUGAAUGAUGUUUAUGUUGUAAACUCUCCAGCCCAUGUCUUUUUUGGCAUUCUGAUCACCCAGAGCUAUCCCUCUAACCUGGGUACCCCGGGCAAUGGUGCCACUAUCACUGAUAUCAACUUCAAUCAUAGCACCACUUCCUUGAUGGCCGACAGCAGUGCUUACAGGGUUGCAGUGAACUGUGGAAGUGGAUCGUGCACAGGUGACUGGGAUUGGUCUGGUUUGCAGACAAGUGGUGGUAAAGCUGGAUCCAUCACCAACAAUAAUCUCAUUACUGGAUUCAUUGACACACAGUGAGGUGACCCACCGUGUGUUGAUAUAUACACUUGCUAUUAAUUCUCCUGUCGUACUUGCUUGUUGG